AGCGUGGCCCAUGGGAUCAGGAUGGUACAGCUCAGGCUGCUCGUCUCGCCGCCGCAAUGCUGACGAGACUGGCGGUCUUCCCCUGGCUGGCGGCCGUGCGGCGCUGCACUGCGGCGUGCCCCUUCGGAGGGCAGGGCCCGAGCUCGCUCCCCGACGGGCACCCCGACGUCGCCGAGCGCAGGCUGUCGCAGAGCUACCCGGGCUACCUGAACGACAGCGGCGCUGACGACGUGGGCGCCCUGUCGUACGAGUGGCCCGGCCACCCGGUGCCCACGUACAACAGCCACCUCCGCACCAUACUCGACCGCUCCAGGGAGGCAGGGGACGCGGAGCUGUGCUACUGGGCGUUCCACACCUACCCGGCUCCGUCCAUGCGGGAGGGUGCCCUGUCCGUGCCCGUCGACGAGGUCAUGUUGUGGUUCCCAGACGAGGCUGAGAACCUUGGAGACGCGGCGGCGAGGCGCAUGCACGGCCUCGUGGACCAGGGCGGGCUGGUCGUUUGGGCGGGGUGCGCCGUCGGGAGGACCCUCCGCAGGGCGAUGUGCGACCAGGGCCUGACCCUCGGGUCCGCGCACGGCGCGCGGCUCGAGGACUGCGGCAGGGACGCCGUGCGCAACCAGACGCUGCUGCACCCCACGGCUAGCUUCAUCUUCAAGAUACAGAGCAGCCGCCAAGAGGAGCUGGAGAGCCUGCUGAGCAGG